AUGGAUAAAUUCGAUAUUAAAACGGCAACCUCUUUGAUCCCCGUAAUGGAUAAUACGGAGGAAAUUACUGAAAAUAUUAUUAACGGAAUUGAGAUGUACAAUGAAUAUCUUGUAGAUGUUACUCAGAAAAAAUUACUCAUCUCUUUUGUUUUAAAAACCAGGUUAUCUAAGUCUGCUAAAUUAAAGCUAAAGAGCGAAUAUGAUGACGUGACGAGUUUAAUACAAGACAUUAGAAAGUUUUUACUAACAAAAAAAUCUGCAAAUUCGAUACUAACACAAUUAAAUAAUUUAUCGCAAAAUAACAUGUCCAUUCACGAAUUCGGUGAUAAAUUAUCUGAGUUAUUUGUAGGCCUCACUAUUGCACAAAGCGACGGAAAUCCGAAGUCUUGUGAGAUAUUGAGACCUAUAAAUGAAAAACUUGCAGUUAAAAGGUUUGCAGACGGAUUACGCAAUAGGAGACUGAGCACAAUUAUAUCGGCACGAGACUACUCAAGCCUGAAGGACGCAGUACGUGCUGCUGAGGAUGAGGAGCUGGGACAGCCUUCGUUGUCCAACAACAUCUUCAACGCACAAAGGAGAGGUAACCAAUUCCCAUAUUAUAGGUCUUCACUAAGAGGUAGAGGUGGACAAAUGACUUCUAGAGAUAAUCAAAAAUGUUCAUGGUUGGUAGACACAGGUGCUUCAUUAUCGGCAAUUCGUAGUAACAUCUUAUCGGAACGUAUACCGAUACAUAGAGACCCUAUAGUUAUAAACGGUAUAGGUGGCAGGACAUAUUCAGAUGGCUAUGUUUAUUUAACUCUACAGGCAUCAGACGGUACUACUUAUGAGCACAAGUUUUACUUGUUUAAGAACUUACCUUGUAAUGAUUUAAUAAAAAAAUGGAGAAGUGUAAAAGAUAAUUACUUCAGAUAUUCAAAAAAAUUAAAAGAAGCAUCAAAAUCGGGCUCGGGCGCUACGAAACUGAAGAAGUAUCAUUUAUACAAUCAACUCCUUUUUUUGAGAAAAGUGGAACAAAAUGCCACCGAAUCUAGCUUAGACUCGCCUAGAGAAAUCAACAAUGAAUCUACGUCUACAAAUGAUGACAUUACCACAGACAACACUCCGCGCUAUGUUCCAGUCGCGCGCAAAAGGGCAAUGCAAAUGGAUGAGUUUGAAAGAGAAGGACUAAAACUUCUCAAGGAGCCGGAAAAUCGCCAUAUGUCCUUUUUCAGAGCUAUAUUGCCAUCUAUUCAAGAAUUUUCCGACCGAGAAACUCUCCGUUUCCAAAGUAAAGUUAUACAAAUUAUAGAUGAAAUGCGGUAUGGACAAACAUCAUCAUAUCAAAGACAAACCGCCAAGCCUGUUGAGCCCUCGGGAACCAACCGGACCGUUGCCGAGGCAGUCAUCCACGUCGACGAAGCGAAGAGAACGAAAGCAAAGCUCAGACGCCAACGAAAACGUGAGAAAAGGCAAGCCGCCCAAACGGAUGCCGUUCGAAGGACAAGCAGCGCCCUGUCAACGCGCAGCUUGUCAAGUACUACCUGCGAAGUGUGGGAAACCGGAAAUAAAGGGUCAGAGUCAGGAUUCUUAGUUAGCUAUAGUGGAUCGUGGUCACCACAGAACGAUGAAGUCGCAAGACUGCGAGAGCAAGUCAAGCGCCUCACCGAGUACGUCGGCACACUUGAAACCAAGCUCAUCAAAGCUGAGAAGACAGCGAAGGAAGCAAAAGAUAGAGUCGCAGAGCUACAACAGCAAGCCGCGGCUCUUAAGCGAGCUAAACUACCCCCAACCGCUAGCGAUAGUAGGAAUGUAUCUCCGGUACCUGCUAAGGUAAUGUGGGAAGAGGAUGUGGAGGAUUACAAGAACAAGGCUGAAUUGGCUGAUGCUGAAGUGAAACAGAUCAAGUCUGAACAAGAACUUCGUGAAACCAAGUCACCAGGUGCUUAUAAGGCUCUGUCAUCUUUACACCAAAACGCGGGGCAUGCACAUCGA